AUGGUAAAGAGUAAUAUGCAGAUAGGUGACAUGAUGAAGAGUGCACGCCACAAUUCCAAGUACUUCACGUCUACGGCCCCUAAGCUGAACUUUGAGAUCAGCAUGAAGGGGGAAGAGCCCUAUACAGAUAACGCAAUCUACCACUUUGUCGAUGACAAGUAUGCCAAGCCUGGUGAUGAUGCUCGGAAGUCUGAAGCAGAGAUUCACGGCGUAGAUGAGUCUGCUGUGAGUAUCACCAGUCUUACUCGCUACGAGAGCGUACCCGGCACUGAAGACGAACAGCAGACUUGGAAAGCACUGUCUUAUGCUUCCGGCGCUCCUGAAGAGAUCAAGAUUACCAACUGGAGCCAGCUCUGCAUCUAUGAAAAGCCAGAUUGCACUCUUCGACUAGUGUCUACGGAAUUGUGA